AUGAAUCUGGAAGUUUAUUCAGGAAUUCUUAUUGACGAGCCAUUGAUGCAACGAUUGAGGGAUUUCCGCUUUGACAUCGCCUUCACACAGCCACACGAAUGGGGAGGAUACGCUCUAUUCUACGAGCUGGGCAUCACCAAGUACAUCACCGUCGCCUCGAGCACAAUCGGCAGUGGAUACUCGCAUUUGAUUGGGGCACCGUUGACGCCCAGCUAUGUGCCUGCGAUGCACUCAAGACACGGCGAUGUGAUGAAUGUUUUCGAGCGCUUCGAGAAUUUCCUCGUCACUGCUGAAGAACGAUAUCUCUAUUGUUCGGAGUUCGAAGAGAUGGACACUUUCAUGACUCGAAAAUACCCUGAAUACCCUGGAAGCAAGGAAAUGGCUGGUCGAUCGAGUUACCUCUUCACAAAUUCUGAUCCUCUAAUGGAUUUCCCGCGGCCACUCCUUGAGAAAAUCGUGUUCAUCGGUGGGAUCACAAUGCCUCCAAUGGGAACGAUGAGAUUGGAUGAGAAUCUGAUCCAAGUUCUUGAGAAGAGAAAAUUCAAUGUGCUCAUCUCAUUCGGCUCGAUGUCAAAGAGUGUCGACAUGCCCGAGAAAUAUAAGAGGCCAUUGAUUGAAGCUAUGAAACGUUUACCAGAAGUGACAUUUUUGUGGAAAUAUGAGAACGAGGAUGAUUGGAUAAAGGAAAUGCCUGAGAAUGUGCAUCGCGAGAAAUGGUUUCCACAAUUGGCUUUGCUGGAAGAUGAUCGUCUCACCGGUUUCAUGACUCACACGGGUGCGGGGAGUCUAAACGAGUUGACGACUCGCGGAAAAAAGGCAAUCUGCGUCCCACUGUUCGCCGAUCAGUUCACCUAUGCACGCCAGCUUGAAAGACUUGGAGUUGCGAUUUAUCUUUCGAAAAGUGAUUUGACUGAUGAAGAGAAGAUCUUGAAUGCUUUCAAGAGGUUGAUCACCGAUGAAAAUUUUAGAAUGAGUGAAAACGCGAAAAAAUAUGCUCGAAUCGGAAUUUGGUCCUCUCACCAUCCU